GACGCAGUCUUGGCAAGAGGAGGUCGAAUACUUGUUCAUGGAAAUGCAGGCAUGUCACGGUCAGCAGCGCUUGUGGUUGCGUAUGUGAUGGAAAAGUUCAACCUUCCAUCAGACCAGGCACACACUUAUGUGCUCACACGGCGUCAUUGCAUCUCCAUCAAUGAGGGCUUCCGGAAUCAAAUCCGGGAGUACGAGAUGCUUCACAGG